AUGUACAAGUUGUUGGCGGUUUUCCGAGCUUUGCAAACAUGGAUGGACAAGGACUUGCGAAAGUUCUUUGAACAGGUGUUUGGUCUUGCAAAUACAUGUGUAGGUAGCUACUAA